AUGGCGAACUCUCCAGUAGAGCAGAAAGGCUCAACCAAAGCUAUCGAAACCAUUGGCCAUGACACUAUCGAAAACGAGCACUUCCAGCACCCUGCCCCAAUGACCGUGACAGAGGAUCCAUUCACAUGGCCCUUCUGGAUCAAGAUUGGUAUCACUCUCAAUAUCUGUGUGAACGCGUUCCUCAAUAAUGUCAGUGCUGCGGGUCUUGUGCCCACAUUGUCCCCAAUUUCUGCUCAGCUCGGCAUUCCCAUCACAGUGGCUGCCAACUUAAUGGCCUACAAUGUCCUUGCACAAGGAUUGGGCAACAUGAUUUGGGUACCUACCAUGCUGAGUUUUGGAAAGCGUUGGACCGUUCUGGGCACUAUGCUUCUAUUGUUGCCAUGCAUUGCAUGGGGUGCGACCGCUAAGAGCUACGAGAGCCUCCUGGCUGCUCGGAUUAUGUCAGGCUUUGCCUCAGGUGCCUCCGAGUCCUUUGCGCCAGUCAUCAUCGGUGACAUCUGGUACGAACAUAGUCUGACCACCGCGUUGGGCUUCUUUGUCCUCUGUAUUCUUGCAGGAGCCGGUCUUGGCCAGCUCGUCCUUGGCUACGUCACUCAAGGUGCGGGAUGGCGGUGGGCAUUCUGGGUUACCUUCAUCGCUUGUGGAGUAAACUUCUUGACUAUGUUACUAUGGCUGCCUGAAACUACCUAUCAGCGUGGUCUUACAGUCGGAACAACAGCAGGCGAUGUGGAAAGAAGCCAGAUGGUCAAAGAAGGCAAGACAGGAAAUGAUGAGACUAUUAUUGAUCGCGGGCAAGACGGGGUGAACCUGGCAAUCGUCGCCACAGCGCCGCAACUCAGGUCCUUUUCCCAGAACCUAUGGUUUUUCCGUCACCCUCAUGUCCAGUAUCGACAGAAUUGGUUCCUCAGCUUCAUCCGGCCGUUCCACUUCUUCAUAUCGGUCCCAGUCACCUGGUCGAGCCUGACAUAUGCGGUGGCGGCUGGUGCCUUCACUGCUCUGGGCGUUUGUGUACCGCAGUUGACAGCCGGACCACCGUACAAUUUUGGUCCAGGGGCACAAGGUUUGUUCGGGGUUUCCAGUCUCGUAGGAGGCAUCCUCGGCGGCACGGUGGGCUCGAAGCUGGUUGAUAUCUAUAACAGCCGCAUGGAAAAGAGACGAUUCCGACGCCACCAGGAGCAUAAGCCUGAGGAAAGACUUGUUAUGAUCAUUAUCCCGUUUGUGACUGUCAGUACUGGCCUUGUCAUGUACGGUUUCACCAUCGAGAGACAGCUGCCUUGGAUUGCUCCUGCAGUAGGUUAUGUCAUGCAUUCGUUUGGCUUCGCCGUCUUAGCUGGCAUUACUUACAGCUAUGCCGUUGACGCCUAUCUUCUUCGCUCUGGAGAGGUUAUGGUUUUCAACAACACUAUCCGCGCUUUGCUCUCUUUCGGUUUUGCAAACUUUAUGCCAAGUUACAUGGUCAAGGUCGGUCCUGCCACCGCAUACUCGGUGCUUGCAGGUGUCGUAUGGGGAAUGUCAGCUCUGGCUCUUCCAAUGUUUUUCUUCGGACCAAAGCUGAGAGCGAUGACCAAUCGGCUUUUGUAG